UUAAAACGUUCUAACACAAAGGGAAAAAAAAAAAGCUUCAGAGGAACAGAAUCGGUCUCGUUCUCUAUAAUCUCUCUCUCUCUGUGACUUGUGCUCUGAUAAGAAUCAAUGGCGAAGGAAUUAGCAGAGAAAGCUAAAAAAGCUUAUUUAGAAGAUGACUUCGAUGUUGCUGUUGACUUAUACUCCAAAGCCAUUGAGUUGGAUCCCAAUUGCGCCGCCUUCUUCGCCGAUCGUGCUCAGGCCAAGAUCAAAACCGAUAACUUCACUGGAGCUGUUGCAGAUGCGAACAGAGCCAUCGAGUUAGAACCAACAUUGGCAAAAGCCUACCUCAGAAUGGGCACUGCUUGUAUGAAGCUAGAAGAAUAUCGUACUGCUAAAGCAGCCCUGGAAAAGGGCGCUUCUGUUGCACCGAAUGAACCAAAAUUUAAGAAGAUGAUAGAUGAAUGCGAUCUUCGCAUUGCAGUGCCACCGAGUUUGCCUUCAAGCUCUACAACGCCACUAGCAACCGCGGAUAAGUCUAAAAAGAGAAAUCGCGGAUCUGAUAGUGAAGAUAAUGCAGAUGGAUCUAAGAAAAGGAACACACGUUUGGAACAGGAGGAAUCCAAGUGUGAAGUUUUCAACGUUUCAGAUCUUAUCAACUCUGUUAAACAGAUUGAUCCCACACCUCCUCCAAAAGAGUCUAAUAUUUAUACUCUCCCUCCCAGCGAAGAUUAUAUUGAGGCCUUUUACUCUCCAACUAACGUCGCUAUAGGCGAACUCAACCGAACGUGUUCUCUAAAUGAUGUACGUAGUUUCUUUACCGAACGUCAUAUAUAUCCCGUUGAUGUGGUGCCAAUUGGGAAGCACGGGUCUUGGAAUAUAACUUUCAAAUCUUCCGAAGAUAUGAAAGCUGCAUUAGAGUUAAAUGGGCAAUAUAUUAAAGACCCUGCAUUAUUGAACCCAAAAAAACGUGAAAGUUAUAGGGUUUUCCUGGGGAGGGUGGCGGGAAGCUUAGCUCCAUAUAUGUUUACUGGAUUUGAUGGAUUGGAUAGAACAGAAAUAGAUGGUAUUAGUGAGCUUGAGAAAAUGUUAAGGGUCCAGUUUAAAAAAUACAAGGAUGUGAAGAUAUUUAUUCCCGUAGAUGUGGAGACUCGUCAAUUCAAAGACUUCGGUUUUAUGUAUGUCAACGAAGAUGGAAAUAAUGUUAUGUUAUCGGUGAAGAAAUCAAGCAGUUUUACAUUGGAACGAAACAAAUUAGUGUGAAGUCGUUUAUUCCAACUCUUAAACUUCACUCAAUAAUGAGCUCAAUGUCUUAGUUCCUAUUAGAUAUGUAAUUUCUUAUAUGUACUCAAUUGUUUUGUCAUCAAUACUCUUUGAGAUUUAUGUUCUUUGAGGUUUCGUGUUCUGGGUCAAACCGAGUUUAAUCA